CAAAACCAACUUCUAGAAAAAUGCCCGUUUCGAGAACAAAUCUCAGCCAAUCCUACCCCUCCGCCUCCGCGCUCUCUCUCUCUCUCUCUCUAAAAUGUGUAUAUAUCCAUCCAUUCACAUGCAAACACCCCUUUCUCCACAAACCCACAUCACUUUGCUUGUCCCUGUAGCUAAACUUCAAAGAAUCAAAAGAUCGAAACACAUACUACUAUGCAUUAUUCUCGGGCACUGCUGAGACCAUCCUGGCUGUUGAUCCGCGGUGGCGUAUCAGCUCAACGCCCCAUCCGCCGCCCGAUCUCCACCCAAUCGCACGGCCCAUCAUCGUCACCCAGAUCGUCUUGUGGGUCCACCAGCUAUGGUGAGAACAAGAGCAGUGUCUGCACAAAUUUGGAGUCGGUUCUUAAAUCGGUGUUGUCGUGGCCGGGCUUAGGGCUCUGUUAUUGGUCCUCCUCUGUUUCUGAUUCGAGUUCGUUUUGGGCUUUGGUGGAUUCAGGGGGAGAGAGCAUGGAGCCUGAGAAGAAACCCAAGUUCCUAUUUGGAGAUGCAUACAGGAGAAAGGUUUUCUUUAAGUACGAAAAACGCAUGAGGAUGCAAAGUCCUCCAGAAAAGGUUUUUGAGUGCUUUGCAUGGAUCCGAACCCCAAGUGGAGAGGUACUUAUGACACUAACUGAUUUGAUGCGGGCAGUUGUCCCCGUUUUUUCUCCAUCUGAAUCCAAUUGUGUUAGAGAGGGAUUUCUAAAAGGAGAGUUGGUCCCUGGUGAGUUGCAUUGUGCUCCUUUGGAUUUUUUUAUGCUAUUUGAUACAAAUGGCGAUGGACUUGUAUCAUUUGCAGAGUAUAUAUUCUUUGUAACAAUUCUCAGCAUACCGGAGUCGUGCUUUUCUGUAGCAUUUAAAAUGUUUGACCAUGAUAAUAAUGGACAGAUAGACAAGGAGGAAUUUAAGAAGGUGAUGGCAUUGAUGCGAACUUAUAACAGGCAAAGGGCUCACCACAGAGAUGGAUUGCGUAUUGGACUAAAUGUUACUGGUUCUGUAGAAAAUGGUGGUCUCCUAGAGUAUUUCUUUGGGAAAGACAGCAACGAAUGCCUUGAGCAUGAGAAAUUUGUGCAGUUUCUCAGAGACUUGCAUGAUGAAGUUAGAACCAUGUUUGCCCAUUAUGACUACAAGUCACAAGGAACCAUAUCAGCCAAAGAUUUUGCGUUGUCCAUGGUUGCAUCUGCUGACAUGAGCCAUAUAAACAAGUUUCUUGAUCAUGUAGAAGAAUUAAACGAUGAACCUUAUCUCAGAGAGGUAUGCAUUACAUUUGAAGAAUUCAAGAAUUUCGCCGAGCUGAGGCAGAGAUUACGGCCUUUGUCUAUGGCAAUCUUCAGUCAUGGAAAAGUGACUGGGCAACUGACAAAGCCAGAUUUCCAAAGAGCUGCAUACCAAGUUUGUUGCAUCUCUCUCACAGAUAAUGUGGUUGAUAUGAUAUUUUACGUGUUUGACACGAAUUGUGAUGGGAGUUUGAGUACCGAUGAGUUCCUAAGAGUAUUACAAAGACGAGAAAGGGGCAUGUCACUACCAAGGGAGACGACAGGCUUCAUGGGUUUUAUGUCUUGUUUGAUGGACUGCACAAAUAACUGCUCUUAUUCAAAGAUGCUACAUUAGAUUUUCUUUUUCACUGGUGGAUGAUGAUACAUUAAGCAGACAAAAGGAUGUACCUGGCUUUGUACUUUGAAGGCUCGACAACAUUUGUAGAGAAGAAUAUCUAGACUGUUUUCUACUAGGAGGCAGUCGGCGGAAGUGCCGCGGAACUGCUUGUGAUUGUGGCUAGUUCACGAUGAAGGUAUAAAUAACGAAGCAGGCUAGUUAAUCACUUAUGAGCUGCAAUUUUCGUUUCCUGGUUAUGGUUAUCAUUUAUGUCAGAUGUUUAAUUAUGUGCAGAUUGGUAGGCAAAAGGUGUUGACCUGUAUGUGUUACGUUAGAUCUUUUCUGCAAAAAUGAGAUUGUACAGUUGGUUACUGCUUUAUGUAUGUACAUAUUCUGUAUUUCUUUUAGUAGCUUGUUCGGUAACUUCUGUUGAACAAUAACAGUUUUCCAUUCCUCGGGCUAUUCUUUGUCGCUUCAUGUGUAUAGUAUAUGAAAAAUGUGUAUCUAUCGUUCUUGAUAUCGGAACAUUAUUGUGUGAUUGUGUGCAAAUUGAAGACACGACACCAUAUGAAUUAAG